CCCUUAUUGUAUGUUCCUUCCCGCUAAUGCUUUCUUCUUCUUAUCUUGAAGUAUUAAAAUAAUAAUAAAAAAGGUCUACUGUGGGAGAGAAAAAUGAAUGGGUUGCAACAACAGCGGUGCUUAUUAUUAUUAUUAUUCAGAAAUAUUCAAACGACAUCACUAAGUAUAAACUUCAAAACGCAGUUGAAUCCUCAUUCACGCUGCCACCACCCACAAUUAUCGGCACCAGCUGUUUUCAGACACCAAUUUCCUCCCCCUCCUCCUCCUCUUAACAAUUCUUCUUCAGAGAAUAUGCCCAAACCUAAAGAAGGUGAAGUGGAAAGAAUAAAGGACAAGGUUGAUAGCAUUGGGAUUAAUUUUGAUUCGUGUACCCGCGGCCAUUACACUUACCUUAUUUGUCCAUUGUGCAAAGGUGGGCAGACCAAGGAGAGCAGUCUAUCAUUUCAUGUAAACAAAAAUAAGAAUGUUGCAAUGUGGAGAUGCUUUAAUUUUGAAUGUGGAUGGGCUGGUCAUGUUUUGGCAGAUGUUGGACCUACACAAGAUGAAGUCAACAAACUUAAGUUUUCUAAAGAGUUGAGUGAAGAGACCUUGCGGUUAGAGCCACUAGGUGAUGAGAUUAUCAAGUACUUUGCUGAGCGAAUGAUAUCAGUAGACACUCUGCAGAAAAAUGCUGUUAUGCAGAUGGUAGAUGAUAAGAAUGUGAUAGCUUAUACAUAUAUAAGGAAAGGGGAGCUUGUCAAUUGUAAGUUCCGCAGUAUAACAAGCAGAAAGUUCUGGCAGGUGAAGCAUGGGGAAAGUAUAUUCUAUGGACUUGAUGACAUACAGGAAGGAAAUGACAUUGUUAUAGUUGAAGGGGAAAUCGAUAAGCUGUCAAUGGAAGAGGCUGGAAUACUGAAUUGUGUCAGUGUUCCUGAUGGUGCACCCCAACAUGUAUCAACAAAAGCAUCAUCAUCUAAAAAACAGAACACCAGAUUUAAGUAUCUAUCGGACUGCAAUGGUCAUCUUGAUAAGGCACCUCGAAUUAUAUUGGCAACAGAUGGCGAUGGACCUGGCCAAGCCUUAGCAGAAGAACUUUCAAGGCGCCUUGGAAAAGAAAGAUGUUGGCUUGUAACCUGGCCUAAGAAAGACGACAACAACUGUUACAAGGAUGCAAAUGAGGUUCUCGUGCAUUUGGGUGCAGAAAAAUUGAGACAAAUUGUUGAAACUGCAGAAUUAUAUCAAGUGAAGAACUCACUUUAAAUUUAUUAAAACAGUUCUUUUUUUUUCUUUUUUUUUAAAAAAAAAAAAUUCGGCAUUCUAUUCUACUUUUACUUCUAAAUUAGACUUAUGACGAUGACUCUCGAAAAACCCUUAUUAAUCCA